UCUCUCGACGAAGGAUUACGUUUUGAUCUUCCAUCAUACAAAAACCCUCCUCUUCAUUGAAGUUGUGUUGAUCGCUGAUUCCCUCAAUUAAACUGUACUUGUUUCUUUGAUUGAAGAAUCAGGAAGAUCUGAGUAGCCAUGUCUUAUGCUUACCUCUUCAAGUACAUCAUCAUCGGAGAUACUGGGGUUGGAAAAUCUUGCCUGCUUCUGCAGUUCACAGACAAGCGUUUUCAACCAGUUCAUGAUUUGACCAUUGGUGUUGAAUUUGGGGCCAGAAUGAUCACAAUUGACAACAAACCAAUAAAGCUGCAGAUAUGGGACACGGCGGGUCAAGAAUCCUUCAGAUCUAUAACAAGAUCCUACUACAGAGGUGCUGCUGGUGCACUUCUGGUUUAUGACAUCACCAGGAGGGAAACCUUCAAUCACCUUGCUAGCUGGUUGGAGGAUGCUAGGCAGCAUGCAAAUGCAAACAUGACCAUUAUGCUUAUUGGUAACAAGUGUGAUCUUGCCCACAGAAGAGCUGUUAGCACAGAAGAAGGAGAACAGUUUGCAAAGGAACAUGGUCUAAUAUUCAUGGAAGCUUCUGCAAAAACCGCUCAGAAUGUCGAGGAGGCAUUCAUAAACACAGCUGGAACAAUCUAUAAGAAGAUUCAGGAUGGGGUUUUUGACGUAUCAAAUGAGUCUUAUGGGAUUAAAGUUGGAUAUGGUGGUAUUCCUGGGCCUUCAGGAGGGAGAGAUGGAUCUUCUUCUCAAGCAGGAGGGUGUUGCAGUUAAAAGACAAAUUCAUCUUCUAUCAGCAUCUGGUUUCCAAAUUCAUGCAUAAUCUUCUUUUUUACUGUAAAAAUUUAUAGAUAUUGGUAAAUAUUUGUUUGGGUUUUGUGUAGUUCUUGCAUUGAUUCUAUUUCUACCUACAUAUGUAUGUUUUAAGUGUCGUUUGAUGAAAUGCACGUUUGCGAUUGCAAGUGAUGGUCUUCUA